AGGUUUGGUAUUUGCAUCUGAUUGCUGUUUGACAACCAAUGGCUUGACUCCCCGACCGCGGGCUCCGCCUCAGAUUAGACGCACAUAUGAUGUUACGGCCAAAUUAACCUCUAUAUCGAAAUCAAAUGAGGAAGAGAAAGGUGCUUUACAGAGAAUACAGGCCGCACAGUUACUGUAGAUUGUUAUAUGUUCGUGUCUUUAAACAAAUAUUGACUAAGAGAGCGUCGCGAGCGUGUUGUUUUUACGGGGAAAUCAGGAAUGUUCCUUCCGCUUCCCAAGGAAAAAAAAAACUGAACGGAAGUUGAACUGGUAGGCUCUCUGUGUGUGGAGGUCAUCUACCCCUCAACUGUUGGCUGGUGGUAACAGUACAGUAGAAGACCAACACUUCCUGCUUCCAGAGGGUUUGACCAUUAUCCGGAGUUGUGAUAAGCCCCGCCCCUCUGGAUCAAAUCUAUUGAAAGUGGUCCAGUCUCUUUUCGGUGGUGGGGGUUAGUGAAGGGAGCAGUAUCCUAUCACUACCUGUUUCCCAGGCAAUGAAGCUGCAGGCGGUGAUGGAGAACCUGCACAGACAGCAGAGAGCUAAACUACUGAUGGAGCAGGCAGGGCAGUCGCACAACCCCGCCCCCACAGGGGAGGAGCUUAAGGUGAACCCCACCUCCGACACAGAGCAGGCUCAGAUGGCGACGUUGGCAGCCAUGCGGGCAGUGGCAGCUGGACUUCAGAGGGCCGGCAGCCCCAUGUCUGAACGCAGCAGUGGAGGAGAGGAAGAUGAUGAAGAGGAGGAUGAAGAGGAAGGAGAGGAGCAAUACAAUAAUAUGAUGAGUUCUGAAGAGGAAGAGCAGAUAAAGCAGAAAUGGGAUGAAGAUGAUUUUGAGGGAGAGAUGGAGGAGGACUAUGAUGAUGAUCUGGGUGAUGAAGGGCUUCCGUCGGGUCGUGAGGCUGUCACCCCGGGCAGAGGCAUCCUCCUAUUACCCCACCGCCGUUUACACCCUCACUCCCAGUUGCUUAAAGCUCGGCCUGGUUCUGAAACCGAACCGUGGGUGUCAACUCACCCUGCUCAUUCGUCCCACGGACCUCUCUAUGGGCAGGACCAUGCAGACUUGACCUAUGAAGAGCAGUUCAGACAGCUCUAUGAACUGGACAAUGACCCAAAGAGGAAGGAGUUCCUGGAUGAUCUGUUCAGCUUUAUGCAGAAAAGAGGGACUCCAGUGAACAGGAUCCCCAUCAUGGCCAAGCAGGUGCUGGAUCUUUACAUGCUAUACCAGCUGGUGACGGAGAAGGGGGGGCUGGUGGAAGUCAUAAAUAAAAAGUUGUGGAGGGAGAUCACGAAAGGGCUGAACCUGCCAACCUCCAUCACCAGUGCUGCCUUCACUCUCAGAACACAAUAUAUGAAGUAUCUGUAUCCUUAUGAAUGUGACAAGAGAAGCCUCAGCAAUCCCAAUGAGCUCCAGGUGGCCAUUGACAGUAACCGGCGUGAGGGACGCAGGCAGGGCUUCGGCAGCUCGCUCUUCACCUACUCGCCCAAUGGAACGCCUACCAUGCUGUCCUCUCACAAACUCUCUAUGCCACCUAUGGGCAUCACUCUGCCCAGCAACGGAACCUCUCUCUCAUACUUACAGAAACUUAAAAAGGAUGACGAUGGAGUUCAGGCUCAUCUGCCUGUGUCUCUAACCAGUAACUCAGUAGCUGCGGCCCAGGCUGCGGCUGCGCAGGCAGCCACCAUCGCACAGGUAGCUGCACUAGAGCAGCUGCGGGAGAAGUUGGAGUCAGGGGAACCACCGGAGAAGAGGAUUGCACUACCACUGGAGGAAUACCAGCGACUCCUGCAGAGAGCCCUGCAGCACAACCUGCUGGCCAUGACAGCACAGAUCCCCAUGAACAUACGCAUCAACAAUCAAGAGAGCAGUCCGGACUCUGCCUUGAACUUGACCACCAAUGGCCUCAACAGCGUCAGCAUGUCAUUGGAAAUUAAUGGGGUCGUCUACACAGGUGUACUCUUCGCCCAGGCCGCAGCACCAACCUCAUCAGGGGUAUCUAAUAAAUGUUCCACAGGCAGCAAUGGACCUCAGUCAGUUCUCCACACGUCUACCUCAUCCUCCUCCAACAACCAAUCACCUUAGCACCUCAGACUCUCAACCCUCUCAGUGCAAAACCAAAGCCAAAAAGCCUCAGUUACUACAGAAGAUAUGCCUAAAAAAAAUCUAAACAUGCAGGAAUAGCUGAAUCACUCUCAACUUGAAGUACACUAGCUCAGGUCUUUUAUUUACACUCUCCUUUGAUCAGGAGCCAAAAGAAAUCUAAAAUAACAAUAGAAUUUAUUAUAAAGAGAGUGAUUUAUAAUGUAUAUGCAAAACUUGUGAAUAAUUUAAUUAUCUUUCUGUGAGCACACUGUCUGGCGUAAAACAAAACGGCAGUGUAGAAUUCUGCUUUAUAGGGUUUUAUAGUCUGACUGACAUAAGCUUUUCAUCUAUAGGAUAAAUCGUAACAGUAGUAUUAUUGUUAUAACAUGUGAUGCAAACAGCUUAAGGGUCUGAACUAAUAAUAUAUUAUUGUACAUUUUAUUUUCUCCGAGUAUUUAUCUGCAGUGCCUUGUGAAGGUUUUAUUCUCCGCACAGUUUGAAUGCGCUGUUGUUGACAGGCGGAUGUCUGAACUUCAGCACUAACACAAUACAGAGUGUGGUCUGAAGUUUAUUAUUAUUAUCAUUUUUGUAACCUUUGUUGAUGAGUAUUCAAUCAUUUGGUUUCCCAUCUCAGAUGUCUACACUGCGAUAGCGAUAAUGAUCGUAAUAUCAGUGAUUGAACAUUCAGGUUAAAGAUAGUGGAAAGAAAAAAUCUUGUGAGGAAACAUAGGCAUGCAUUUAUAGCGGUGUAUACUUGCGUUUAUAACCAAUUUUUCAUGUUUCAUGUUUGUUUGCGUCUCCAUUACUACUGGCAAACUCUCGGGGCCACAUUCUCCAUGAGCCACUCAAAGGGGGCUGGGGCAUCACAGAGCUCGAACGGCAUGACUUUGAACUGCCACAGUCUACUGACUGUUCUUCUUGGCCCAUAGUGGCUCUAAAGUUGAUGAUGAAUGAGGUCAGAGGUUGUUUUACUUAAUUUUUUUAUCUUUCACUCAUCAGCUGUUUUCAAAAAUCACAGUUUGAUUAUUAACAAGACAGUAUAAUAAUAGGUUUACUUUAAGAUUUGAACUAACGACCCAAAAACUCAAAAAACUGCAGGAAUCUGAGAAAAUUAUAAAUAUGAUAUUGGAUUGUUUAAAAGUGAAUAUUGGUUAGAGCAGAAUGAAAUUAGAUUAGAAGGAAGUGGUUUCCUGUGUUUAGGAAUAUUAUAUCACAACCUUCAAGGAUGUUUUUGAUCAUUUUAAUAAUCAACUGUUCCGGCCAACGAAAAGAUCUUUGUCUUGUUCUUGUCAAAGUGUAGCUGUAAUUCAUACAUUAUGUCAACCUCCUCUAGCAUUACACUGUAUGCAAGGUCAAAAUGCCCAUUUGGUGGGCGCAUAGGGGUGAAACGUCUUUUGAAUGACAGAAACGGGGUCGUCUAGCAACUAUUAUUCUCUGAGCUGAUAAGAAGUUGAAUAGUUUAUCUGGCAGUUCAAACAAUCUAAGGGAGAGUUGGUGAAGGCAUUGGGAAAUUGGGGUUGUCUGGAACAGCUUCCACCAAUUGCAGGGACAGUUUUCUUUGGAGUAACUUGAAGUGAAAUGCUUUGAUCCCUCCUUACUUGGGAUCAGAUCCUUAACCAUUCAGCUAUCGCCAUCUCUCUCUUAUUGUAAUGCUUUACACUGAUGUAGUCUUGAAACCUCUGCAUAACACUUCCUUAUUACUUUACAAGGACCACCGUGGUGUUAGCUGUACAAAUAAGUGUAGAAAGUGUAACCGUUUCGGUCUGUAUUUUUUAUUGUACGUUUCAUUAGUUUUAUAUAUUAAGAAUCAUCAAUAUAGCAUAACUCAAACUCUGCCAGUACUACCAGAAUGUCUCUACCUCAAAGACUCAAAACCAGCUGCAAACCCUCCCAGCUUUUCACUUUUCACAUCAAAUCUACAACAGUGUGAUGUAGAACUGGAUAUUUUUACGCCACAUUUACGCCACGUGAAAUUUAACUCCUCAAUGUAUUAGCCAUGAUAUCUUUAAAGCCCCUUUUUGCUCAUAACUAUAAAAACAGCCAUUUAAUCUGCCUGCCUACCUUUAGAAGGAAGACCCUCAAUUUUAGAGUGACCGAUUUUUGUCAUUUUGAUGGCCUUUAUGCAGUUUGUUUUGAUCAAAGAUGCAGUCGAUUUUUCAUAGAAACAAUACUGUUACCACACAGAGUAAGAAAAAUACACAUAACACCUGAAAUUCAAAAAUUAAAGCAGUUUGUAACAAUGAGAGCGAUGUGUUUUACUCUGAUGUAUGCCUUGAUGUAUGCAAAGUUUUGAAGAAGAAAAAAAAUAGUGCUGAUGUAGUCAGGUUUAUUGCAAAGACAACCAAAAUUGCUGUACAAUAAAGCAUGCAAAUCUUUUAGCUAUUAUUGCAGGAUGCCUUAUGCUUUGAUCAUUUCUUUGUAGAGCUUAAUGUCACACUAAAAGUCAAGUAACUCACUUUUCCAAUACAGCUGUGAAAUUUAGGUUUUACGUUAAAACAAGGCAUUUGUCGUCUUCUCAGGAAAUACAUUUCUACCUCUAGUUACACAGAUAUGUUCAUCCUAGUGCUGUGGUUACAGUGCAUGUAACAUUUAUUCUACCUUUUUGUAAUGGUAAUACAAAAUGUUUCCCUUGGCACACUUACUCAAGUUUCUGUUAUUAUUAUUAUUAUUAUUAUUAUUAUUAUUAUUAAUUGCAGAUGCACCCAGUAUAUUAUAGUCUUCUUCUUUUUUCAAACUUAAUAUCUCUUCCCUAUGUGUGUGCUUUUGAGUUUUUCUUGAUUCGUUUGGAUUAAAUGGAAAAUUGCUCCUAGCACAAGAGACCCAGGAGAGCCCAGAUUUUGAUUUUGGCACUGAGUGUCAUACCGAUGCACCAUUUUGUGCAUUUCCGCUCAUGCUUUUAUAAAACUUUUAAAUUGCGUAGUGGCAACCUUGUGACUGCUUCUUUUAUGGGGUGAAGGGCAAAGACAAUCCUAACCUAUUACAUCUAUUCUUUGUUUGUGUGAAUAAUUAACUUUAUUUUGAAAAUAUAUAUAUCAAUAUGUAAUUCGAGGGAUGGGAAAUCCAAAGAAUGUCCACAUAUGCUGUUAUGGCCUGACUGUUAUGGAUUCAAACUGUUUUGGAGAUGAUAACACACAUCAACUCUACCUCUCUCAAUCGGAAUGCUGAUAACCCAGUAACAACAAACCUGUUCAUCUCAACACACAUGCAAAAUAAAUGUUGUUAACAGUUGAACUGAUGUGUUCUUUUUACCCAAAUUUUUAAUCAUUCUAUGACUUUUAUAUGCCUUUUAAUGGUAAUUCCAGA